AAGCUGGUCAACAUCUCACAACACAUGUGUGCACAUAUUUGUUUGAUUGUUGAAGAACCGUACAUAUCAUACACUCCACAGCAAAUUAUAGAUGGAGUAAUGUUCUCGUUGUUUUUCUAACAAAAAAAGGAGAAGUUUGUUCAAGGAGGUGGAAAGAAACAUUUUAUCUUUUUGAGCGACAGCCAAACUUCAGAGAAGUUCUGAGCAGAUAAGACAACGAGCAGCUUUCAGUGUGGAUAAGGAGCCGGCCGAGCUGGUAAACAUUUCACACGACACAUGCUGGAUUUGAACAGGGCUGUACGCAUGAGGUCACAAAGCAGUCAUCUUCACAUUAACUCAUCAUGAUGAAGCUGAUUCUCUGUCUCGCUCUCACCUGGCUGUUCUUCAGCACAGGUGAAUCUCAGCUUGAUUGUGUGUAUGAACAACUCAACACCAUUUCAAACGUAACUUGUGACUACGUAGAUGACCUGUGUGCAACGCUCAGCAUGACCUCAGGAGAUAUGAGAGGAAGAGCUCAACAGCACAUCAUCAGAAACUGUGUGCAGUCCACUUUCUGCACUGAGGCGGAUCAGAUGUUUUCUAUCAGUGAAGGUGGUAACGUGAUGGCUUCAUCUAUCAGCUGUUGCAACACAGAUCACUGCAAUAAUGGAACGACUCCUUACAUGGAUAUACAGACAGAAAAUGGCCUGACGUGUGCGAGCUGUGCUUCUCACCAAAGUCCUAUGUGUGAAAACAUAAUAAGCAUAAAGUGUGUGGGAAUCCAGGACCGCUGCAUUGAUGGAAACGUGACAGAUGGAGACAUGGACUAUCAGUUCCUUGGCUGUGUGUCUUCAAACCUCUGUGACGUUCUCUCCGAACGGGAAAUCCAAACUUCUUUCUAUAACUUACACUUCACCAGUGUGCCAAAAUGUUGUAAAACCAGCCGCUGUAAUUCAGCCGGGACUGUCAAACUGAGCGUUGCUCCGUUGUUGCUUGGUCUCGUUGUCCUUGUUGUCUGUUAGAAGCAGCAAGAGCGUGAGCGUGAACAUAAAGAAUGGACUGUGUUAACCAGUGUUAUGCAAUUUUCUAUCCUUAGGUUAUACGGGGUCACGCGUGUGCCUUGAGGUCCUCAGCAGCAGUAGGAGUUGUUUGGCUUUGUUUGAUCUUCAUGUUGUGGUGACCAGGGUCUGAAGGUGACUGAAUGUUUCCUAGACAUAACAGAUAGCUUGCCAAUGACGACCAGAUUAUUUGACUAUUUCUGUAUUUACCAUAUUUACCAUAUUUACUUUGAGAGUGUCUCUGUUUCUCCUUGGCCAAGCUUCAAUAAAUAUUACCGCAGUGAUACACUUUCUUCCCUUUCUGACCUCACUGACCAUUGACCAUUGAUUUCAACAAUUUCUAGCAGGGCUAUCGAGGCCACGCCCCCUACCUGCACAGGUGAUUUCUGUACCUGGACCACACUUUAGAGCCCAGAGCACACAGAGACUGUUGAAGACACCUGUGAGCUCGUGGACUACAUAAUAUUGUUCAAUAAUAAUA